GCACGAAAGGAAAAUUUUUAAUAAAAUAAAAAGAAACAAAAUAUUACACCCAGAAUUAUUCGAGAAAACGAAAAUCAGAAACGCGUUUUGAUUUGAAUUCGCAUUUCUUUCUGAGUUGUUCUUCAUCAUCACCGAAUCUCAUUCUCUCGAAGCUUUUUCGUUUGUCGGCGGUGUUUUUUUGCCGGUCUUCGAAGCUAGUACAAGAAGUUUAAUGGUAGCUUGAUUCCGAGUAGAUCCAGAAGCAAGACCCGAGUUCCUGAUCUGCGAAGCAAAAUGGCUACUACCUUCACUUCUACAGUCGGUUCACAUGUCUGGGUGGAGGAUCCUGAUGAAGCAUGGAUGGAUGGUGAAGUUGUCGAGGUUAAUGGUGAAGAGAUCAAAGUCCUCUGCACAUCAGAAAAAACAGUUGUUGUUAAAGCAUCCAGUGCUUACCCAAAAGACGUCGAAGCACCUCCAUCUGGCGUGGAUGAUAUGACAAGGCUAGCUUAUUUGCAUGAACCCGGAGUCCUUCAGAAUUUGAAGUCAAGAUAUGAUAUAAACGAAAUUUAUACGUACACAGGAAGCAUACUGAUUGCUGUUAACCCGUUUAGAAGACUGCCUCAUCUUUAUAGUAGCCAUAUGAUGGCUCAAUAUAAAGGUGCUGCUUUUGGCGAGUUGAGUCCACAUCCUUUUGCAGUUGCAGAUGCUGCAUAUAGACAGAUGAUUAACGAAGGAAUAAGUCAAUCCAUUUUGGUUAGUGGUGAAAGUGGUGCUGGUAAAACCGAGAGUACGAAGUUGCUAAUGAGAUAUCUCGCUUAUAUGGGAGGGAGAGCAGCUUCCGAGGGAAGGAGUGUUGAGCAGAAAGUGUUGGAGUCAAAUCCUGUUUUAGAAGCAUUUGGAAACGCAAAAACAGUUAGAAACAAUAAUUCCAGUCGUUUUGGGAAGUUUGUGGAAAUUCAGUUUGAUCAACGGGGAAGGAUAUCGGGAGCUGCAAUCAGAACUUAUUUGUUGGAAAGAUCACGUGUGUGUCAAGUUUCUGAACCUGAAAGAAAUUACCAUUGCUUCUACAUGCUUUGCGCUGCACCGCCAGAAGAUGUUCAAAGGUACAAACUGGGUGAUCCAAGGACGUACCAUUAUCUCAACCAAUCUAAUUGUUUUGAGUUGGAUGAUGUGAAUGAUUUGGAGGAAUAUCAUACCACCAGAAAGGCUAUGGAUAUUGUUGGGAUUUGUCAUGAGGAGCAGGAUGCAAUAUUCAGGGUCGUCGCAGCCAUUCUCCAUCUCGGGAAUGUUGAAUUUGCCAAAGGAGUUGAGAUUGAUUCAUCGGUUCCCAAGGAUGAAAAAUCGUGGUUUCAUUUGAGAACUACAGCUGAGCUUCUUAUGUGCAAUGAGAAGGCACUUGAGGAUUCUCUUUGCAAACGUGUCAUAGUAACUCGUGAUGAAACCAUCACAAAAACUCUUGAUCCCGAAUCUGCUGCUCUUAGUAGAGAUGCUUUAGCUAAAAUCAUGUACUCAAGGUUGUUUGACUGGCUUGUGGACAAAAUUAAUAAUUCAAUUGGUCAAGAUCCCGAUUCGAAGCAAUUGAUUGGUGUUCUUGAUAUUUAUGGAUUCGAGAGUUUCAAGACAAACAGUUUUGAGCAAUUCUGCAUCAAUUUGACAAAUGAGAAACUCCAGCAGCAUUUUAAUCAGCAUGUCUUCAAAAUGGAGCAAGAAGAGUAUAAGAAGGAAGAGAUCAACUGGAGCUACAUUGAGUUUGUAGACAAUCAAGAUAUUUUAGACUUAAUAGAAAAGAAACCAGGAGGGAUUAUUGCACUUCUUGAUGAAGCUUGCAUGUUUCCAAGGUCAACGCACGAGACUUUUGCUCAGAAGCUAUACCAGACGUUCAAAAAUCACAAGCGUUUUAGCAAGCCCAAAUUAGCCCGUAGUGACUUCACAAUUUGUCAUUAUGCUGGUGAUGUCACUUAUCAGACAGAACUUUUCCUGGACAAGAACAAGGAUUAUGUUGUUGCUGAGCAUCAGGCCUUGCUAAAUGCUUCUAAAUGUUCUUUUGUAGCAAAUUUGUUUCCACCUUUAUCCGAUGAUUCCAAACAAUCAAAGUUCUCCUCUAUAGGUACCCGUUUCAAGCAACAAUUGGUAUCAUUGCUCGAGAUUCUGAAUACCACAGAGCCGCAUUAUAUCCGUUGCAUAAAGCCCAAUAACCUUCUCAAGCCAGGAAUCUUUGAGAACAAAAAUGUGCUUCAGCAAUUACGAUGCGGGGGAGUGAUGGAGGCAAUAAGGAUAAGUUGUGCAGGCUAUCCUACUAGGAAACAUUUUGAUGAAUUCUUGGACAGAUUUGCUAUCCUCGCCCCAGAAAUGCUGAAUAAGAGUUCUGAUGAACCAGCUGCUUGCAAGAAGCUUCUGGAAAAGAUGGGACUUGAAGGCUUUCAGAUUGGUAAGACGAAGGUUUUUCUUAGGGCCGGACAAAUGGCAGACUUGGAUGCUCGAAGGACUGAGGUCCUAGGAAGAUCAGCAAGCAUUAUCCAGAGAAAAGUUCGAUCUUACCUUGCUCGCAAAAGCUUUGUCCUUCUUCAUCGUUCUGCAACUCAGAUUCAGGCAGCUUGCCGAGGUCAACUUGCUAGAAAUUUAUAUGAAGGCACGCGCAGGGAAGCUGCUGCUUUGAGAAUCCAGAGAGAUUUGCGUAGGUUUCUGGCUAGGAAGUCUUUCACAGAGCUAUAUUCUGCUGCUGUCUCGGUUCAAGCGGGUAUGCGCGGUAUGGUUGCUCGGAAUGACCUACAUUUCAAGAGGCAAACUAAAGCUGCAACAAUAAUCCAGAGCUGUUGCCGUGGAUACUUGUCUCAGCUUCAUUACAGAAAGCUCAAGAAAGCAGCCAUAGUGACACAAAGUGGAUGGAGAGCGAGAGUUGGUCGUAGAGAACUCCGUAAACUUAAGACGGCUGCACGGGAAACUGGAGCUCUUCAAGAAGCCAAGAACAAGCUAGAGAAGCAAGUUGAAGAGCUGACAUGGAGAUUGCAAUUAGAGAAACGGAUGAGGAUUGACCUGGAAGAAGCCAAAACGCAAGAAAAUGUGAAAUUGCAGUCUGCUUUAGAGGAAAUGCAACUUAAGUUCAAAGAAACUGAGGCAGUGCUUGUUAAAGAGCUUGAGGCUGCCAAGAAAGCAUCUGAGAUACCCCCUGUUAUAAAAGAGGUCCCAGUUGUUGACAAGGAAUUGACGGAGAAGCUAACAAGUGAAAAGGAAAAGUUGAAGGAGAUGGUGAGCUCACUGGAGAGGAAAAUCGAUGAGACAGAGAAGAAGCUUGAAGAGACCAGCAAACUUAGCCAGGAUAGACUAAAGCAAGUACUAGAGGCUGAAUCUAAAGUAGUGAAGUUGAACACUGCAAUGCAGAGGCUUGAAGAGAAAAUCUCAGAGAUGGAAGCUGAGAAACAAAUUAUGCGUCAGCAAACAAUCUUAAGCACUCCUGCAUGGACUGUAACAGGGCAUCCUCCAACUGCACCUGUCAAGAAUUUGGAGAAUGGUCACCGUACAAACUUGGGGAACCAAUUCAAUGAAGCUGAGUUUGCAACACCAGCGAGAAUGGAAUCUGACAUAAAAGCUGGGAAAUCUACAGUGGAACGCCAACUUGAGAAUGUUGAUGCUCUCAUUGAUUGUGUUAUGAACAACAUCGGUUUCAGUAACGAGAAACCCGUGGCUGCAUUUACGAUAUACAAGUGUCUUCUUCAUUGGAAAUGUUUUGAAGCUGAGAAGACUAAUGUAUUUGAUUGCCUUAUUCAGAUGAUUGGUACUGCAAUUGAGAAGGAAGAUGAUAAUGCUCACUUGGCAUAUUGGCUGUCAAACACAUCGGCCCUACUCUUUUUGCUUCAAAAAAGCCUUAAAAGUGGUGGCAGUGGAGCAACGCCAAGCAAGAAGCCACCCAUCUCGACAUCUUUAUUCGGAAGGAUGGCCUUGAGCUUCCGGUCAUCCCCUGUUUCAGGCAACCUCGCUGCUGCGGCUGAAGCUGCUGCUCUUGCGGUGGUACGCCCAGUGGAGGCUAAGUACCCAGCUCUGCUUUUCAAGCAACAGCUUGCGGCUUAUGUGGAGAAAAUAUUCGGGAUGGUUAGGGAUAAUUUGAAGAAAGAGCUAUCAACUUUAGUUUCUCUAUGCAUUCAGGCACCGAGAAUGUCCAAAGGAGGGAUGCUGAGAUCUGGUCGGUCCUUUGGAAAAGAUUCCCCAGCAAAUCACUGGCAGAGCAUUAUUGAGAGUCUCAAUUCGCUACUUGCCACAUUGAAAGACAAUUAUGUUCCUUUAGUACUCAUCCAGAAGAUAUACACUCAAACUUUCUUGUACAUCAAUGUGCAAUUAUUUAACAGCCUUCUCCUACGUAAAGAGUGUUGUACAUUUAGCAAUGGAGAAUUUGUAAAAGCAGGAUUAGCUGAGUUAGAGCUCUGGUGCUGUCAAGCCAAAGAAUACGCUGGGUCAUCUUGGGAUGAACUGAAACACAUUCGUCAAGCUGUAGGGUUUUUGGUUAUCCACCAAAAAUACAGAAUCUCUUACGAUGAAAUAGCAAAUGAUCUUUGCCCGAUCCUCAGUGUCCAGCAGCUUUACCGGAUAUGCACAUUGUACUGGGAUGACAGCUAUAACACCCGAAGCGUAUCUCAAGAUGUGAUUUCAAGCAUGCGGGCGCUCAUGACAGAGGAAUCCAACGAUGCAGACAGCGAUUCCUUCUUGUUGGACGAUGAUUCCAGCAUUCCCUUCUCGAUCGAUGACAUUGCUAAUUCAAUGCAAGAGAAGGAUUUCGCGACCAUUAAACCAGCCGAACAGCUUCUUGAAAAUCCAUCCUUCAGUUUCUUGCUUUAGUUGAUACUAUUGUUCAUCGAGAAGCUCCGACUCUGAAAGCUCUUCCAGGUGGAAGAGGGGAGGGGGUUCUUCUUGAACUAAAAGUAAAGAUGAUGGGAAGAAGUGUAAAUUUCUAUUUUUGGUGGGGCUGUUUCAUGCAUGGUUUGUAAUCUCGCCUAUUCAUUCUUUUAUUAUUUAAUUUUGACCCCCGGAUUUUCGUAUCCGUACUUUGCCCCCUUUAUUCUUGAAUCGUCUUAUGAUUAUUAUUA